AUGGCUAUUCGAAGAAUGAACGGAAUGGGACCACUGGGGGUACUCUUCUCACUUGAUGUGUUUAUCAGUGCUCAGUUUAUCAAACAGGAUCAUUUCUCCAACUUCGCCCAAAUUGCUGUAGUCUUGAGGAUGGCUUUCGACACUGGUGAGAGAAUCUUUGUAAGGGAAAGCUGUGCUCGGUUCUGGUCGGCAAUGCGACAGUGGCCGGGGCAAUCCAGGAGCACGGAGAAAGGCGACAACGAGACCGUCACCAUGGCUGGCUUCGUUCCUCUUGCUCUUCUUGCCGUCCUGGCUGCGACCUUGUAUGGCCCUGUGUAUCAGCAGCUCACCAUCAUGGGGGUUUCUUCCGGCGUCCGGCACCUCUGGUGA